AGAAACUUGGAGAAAUAAAUUAAUUUGGACCAUUGAGACAAGUUGCAGGUGACAAUGGCGGUGUGUUUUGGACUGUUGUGAAGCUCUGACUCUCUCUCUCUCUCUCUCUCUGACUUUGAUUCUCAUUCACUCCCCUUUACCCACUCCUAUUUUUCCUCCAAUAUCCACCCAACCAUCCUCCCAUCAAUCCACUCCUCGGCCGCCGAUUCGGUAAUGGUAAGUUCAAUGGACGACGGAGAUAGGCGCACCGCCGGACCGGAAGAGGAUUUCAUCAGGAAACACCACAAGCACGACGUCGGGGAGAAUCAGUGCACGUCCUCCCUGGUCAAACAUGUCAAAGCUCCUUUGCCUCUCGUUUGGUCGUUGGUGAGGCGGUUCGAUCAGCCGCAGCGGUACAAGCCUUUCGUGAGUAGGUGUAUAAUGGAGGGCGAUUUGCAGAUUGGGACUGUGAGGGAGGUGAAUGUCAAAUCGGGGCUACCCGCCACCACCAGCAAGGAGCGUCUCGAGCUGUUGGACGACGAGGAGCACAUUUUCAGCAUGCGGAUCGUCGGCGGAGAUCACCGCCUCAAGAAUUACUCUUCAGUGAUCACAGUUCAUCCUGAAGUGGUGGAUGGAAGGGCGGGGACGAUGGUGAUAGAGUCGUUCGUGGUGGAUGUUCCGGCCGGAAACACUAAAGAAGAAACAUGCUACUUUGUUGAGGCUUUGAUCAAGUGCAACCUCAAGUCCCUGGCUGAUGUCUCCGAGCAUCUAGCCAUGCAAGGCCGAACAGAUCCGAUUGGCAGAGUUUGAUGGCUGGAUGGAAAAGUGCUAUCUAGACAUAGCAACAGCUUCGAUUCGAUUCAAUUCAAUUCAAUUCGGGGAUACAAUCAGGAUACUGAAGAAAGUCACCAAGCUGAGAGACUGCUGCGCAUCACCUCUCCUCCUUGAAGGUGGGAUUUCAUGAAAUCUGCUGGUUUGGUUCUUAAUGGUGGUUUUGAUGUUUCUAUAGUGUAUGGAUGGGUGUCGAUUUGGCCGCUCUUGAUCUUGAUCGUGAUUGUGAUUGUGAUUGUGAUUGUGAUUGUGAUUGGGAUCGACAUCCAGCCAUCCAUUCAUCCAUCCAUCCCUCUCUGUCUGUGUAUGCUCUGUGGAGAUUGGUUUGUAAAUAAGUUUAGGUAGAGAUGAUUGAGGAUGUUUUUGUUCAUGUGUUUUAGAAAUCAUGUUUGGUGUUGGGGUUGGGGUUCUAUUAAUUACAGUUACUGCUAUUUGUUGUUAAAUUUGAAGUCUGUUUUUAUUUUAUUUUGGAUGUUUGGAAGCAGCAUAAGCGUCGUUGGUUGGUAGCAAGGGGCCAAUGAGGCAUAGGCAUACUUAUUAUUAUUGUUGUUGUUUUGGAAUAAUAAUAUCUCACUCACUUGCAAGAAUGAAUGGCUGCUUUGUCUUCA